UGGAUCACUUCCUCUAAAGCUUUUACGAGAAGGGAGAAAUCAAUGGCUACGAAAGGCAAUCUUUCCGCUGUGCUUCGUAAAGUCGACGAUCUUAGCUUGGAAGAACGCCCUAUCCCGCAACCUGGCCAGGGCGAGGUGCAAAUUCAGAUGCAGGCUGUUGGGAUCUGUGGUUCAGAUGUACAUUACUGGAAGAAGGGAAGAAUUGGAGACUUCAUCCUGAUGGCACCCAUGGUUCUUGGGCAUGAGUCAAGUGGAGUGGUAUCUGCGGUUGGUGAUGGGGUGACACACCUUAAAGUUGGUGAUAGAGUGGCUAUUGAACCCGGUGCUGGUUGUCGUCAGUGCUCAUUCUGUAAAGAAGGUCGGUACAAUUUAUGUCCAGACAUGAAAUUCGCUGCAACUCCUCCAAUUGACGGCUCACUCUGCAGAUACUACUGUCAUGCUGCGGACUUUUGUUUCAAACUUCCAGAUCAUGUGUCGUUCGAGGAAGGAGCUCUUCUUGAGCCACUGUCUGUGGCUGUGCAUGCAUGUCGCAGAGCAGGUAUCUCCAUUGGAAGCAAUGUACUUGUUUGUGGCGCAGGUCCCAUUGGUUUAGUCAAUCUCGUGACUGCUAAAGCAUGUGGCGCAAGCAAAGUGGCUAUUACAGAUAUUGAUGAGGGUCGACUAAACAAAGCCAAAGAACUUGGUGCUGACUACAUCUUCAAAAUAGACCCCACCAAAGACAGCCGCGACAUAGCCAAGGAAAUUGAAAACAGCCUGGGUGCUGCUGAUCAAACCAUCGAGUGCACUGGAGCCGAGUCAAGCUUCCAUACGGCAAUUUAUGCUACAAAGUCAGGGGGAACACUUGUAGUAGUUGGAAUGGGAAAGCCAGUCGUGCAAUUUCCUAUUGUUGAUGCAUUGGUUAGAGAAGUGGAUAUAAGGGGAAUAUUCAGAUACACUAACUGUUAUCCUGCUGCCCUUGCAUUAGUUGCCUCUGGAAAAGUAGAUGUCAAACCACUCAUAACACAUCACUUUAAACUGGAGCAAUCACUUGAUGCUUUUGAGACUUCAAGAACUGGUGCUGGAGGAGCAAUAAAAGUUAUGAUUCACUGCAAUGAGGAAUAUCAGAAUUAAAGUACAAACAUAAUAUAUGCUGAACUGUUGUCUCGAAUAUACCUUAAGGUUGUUUUCUUGAUCUGACACCAAAUUCUUGCAACUAAUCUGCAAGGAGAUGUAUAGCAGCUAGAGGGGAGAAUUGACAAUCAGAUCUGGGAGUCGUAGGAAGGAACACGUUAAUGGAAAACUCAUGCAGCAAGGACAAUAGUGGGUUUAAAAAAAAUGCAUCCAGGGGCAUAGCCAUCUUUUUGACUUGUUGUAGGCUGGCUGCCUAAGAAAGUUUAAUUUUUGUUUUAAUAUUUGCAAGAAUCAUAUUAUAAAUUAAGUGGUCAGAAAAAAUUUCAGGCCCAGGCCUACCUGCCUUUAGGCUAGCUUCAUCGCUGACAUCUUUACACCUAACAUAUCAUUGGUGCAAGUGGUGGCUAAAAGAUGAAUAUAGUUUUCAUUUCAAGAAAGUAUUACUGACAUGAUUGACAGUGUUAGGGAUUCCAUUUUUAGUCACAUCUAUAGUAGCUGAGGUGUUAAAAGGAGGAAGGUUGAAUCAGGGGUCUGAGCUCUUGGUGAUCCUAGUCUUUAAAGGCCAAGUAAGCUUACAAAAGGGUGAAUUGAAAUUAGUAGACUAAAAAGCUAGCACUGAUAAAAUUCCAUAUCAUAUCACCUAGUGCAACAUAUGAAAAAAAGGAGAGAUAUGGCAAUUAAAUAAUAUCAGCAAGAGAAAAUAAAAACCCAUCUGUAUUUUUGUUUU